AUGUUUGGAUUACUAUGGUGGCAUAAUAUCCCGUUUGAUUUAGAAUUAUUUGCCAUUGCAUUUGUUCUUUUUCAAACACUAAGAUUUACAUUGUUAUGGGCAUUUCCCGAAGCAUUUCUGUCUAGUCAACAAUAUCGAAUAUCACAAAAACGGAUCGAAGUAAGACAAAACUGUUUACCAGUAGAGAUGCUACAUUACUAUUACUAGUGAUAAGUAAUAAGAAAAGCGUU